AUGAUCUCUUUGAAGCAGACCAAACCUAUCCUGCCACCUCCAGGGAUUGACUCGUCCCAGGUCCGCAUAGCAAGCAACGCCUAUCUCUAUGCUGUAACGGCCUUUGUGUCGCUCGGCGCGUUUCUGUUCGGGUAUGACCAAGGGGUGAUGGGGGUGAUCGUGGCAGACAAGCGAUGGAUCGAUCUGAUGCAUCCGAAGAACUCCUGGGUGACGGGAACUGUUGUCUCACUCUACGAUGUCGGAUGUUUCAUUGGAGCCAUGUCGCUCGGCUAUCUCGCGGACCCGAUCGGUCGUGAACGAACGUUGGCUGUGGCGUGUCUCGUGUUCAUCGUCGGAGCGAUACUUCAAACCGUUUCGUAUUCAAUUGCACAGAUUGUGAACCAUCGGGCGAGUCAUCCUGGGCUACGGAGUCGGCGCCUGUGCCGGGGGGUUCCUCUGUACGUGGCCGAACUUUCGCCUCCUGCGAUCCGGGGACGAAUUGUCGCCAUCGAGCAGAUGAUUCUCUGUCUCGGAGAACUUGUCGCGUUCUGGAUCAACUACGGAUGUAACUUCCUGGAGAUUGACGGCUGGUGGCGCAUUCCCCUUGCCAUCCAAAUUCUUCCUGCCGUGGUUCUGGGACUGGGCUGUUGGUUUUGGCUGCCUCCAAGCCCUCGAUGGUUGGCCAGCCAAGACCGGCAUGAUUGUGCGCGCGAAGUUCUUACUCGACUUCAUGGCUCAGAGGCGGCAGAGCGGGAAAUGCAGGAAAUCCAAAGAUCCAUCGAUUUUGAGCACGCCGUCAGCGAGGUCGCAUGGGGGGAUAUGUUUGCGAUGCCGGUGCUGCGCGUGACUCUGCUGGGAAUGGGCGUCCAGUUCUUUCAACAGAUCACUGGCACCAACUCUAUUCUCUACUACACGCCAUCACUCUUUGAGCGUGGUGGAAUCAAAGAUCCUCGCACAGCCAACCUUGCGACCGGUGGUGUCGGCAUUGUCCUCUUCGUCUUCUCAUGGGUUCCUAUCUUUUUCUUCGACCGACUAGGGCGAAAAGUGUGGCUACAGAUCGGAACGAUUGGGAUGAUGGGGGCAAUGAUCGGGAUCACUGUACUGCAGUGGCACGCAGAGCACAGUCCGGGUGAUCCUGCGAAUUAUACCAUUAUAAUCUUCCCAUAUCUGUUUUAUGUCUUCUUCAAUAUCAGUUGGGGGGUUGGGUCGUGGACAUAUGCAGCCGAAAUCUUCCCUGUCUCCAUGCGUGCCAAAGGCAAUGCGCUGACCACUGCCUCUCUCUGGACAGCAUGCUAUAUCGUGGCCCAGGCGAGUCCACCAAUCGCGGAUGCCAUUGGCUGGGGAUUGUAUAUCAUUUACACUGCGAUUUGUGUGGCGGCUUUCUUCUUCGUCCGAUACGCGCUGGUUGAAACCCGAGGACGUACACUGGAGGAAAUGUCCCGUCUAUUCGGUAUCGAGAGUCAUCUGGCAGAACGGAAUGGUGUCAAACCAAUGCCAGUGCACAAGACCUCAAUCGAGGAGCACAUCGAGUGUUUGGGGUCGUCAAGCCGAGCCUGA